AUGAAUACAAUUGGAAAUCGAAGCCUAAUAAAGGACAAAUCCAGUAUUCCACCAACUCUCAUAGUCCCUGACAGAGGAGUUCAUCAUUUGGCUUCAGUUCACCCGCCUGCUGAAACAGUGAAGCUAAAUACAUCAACCAAGUUUGAGUUCUCAACAUGUGGCGCCACUGGUGCGACCGGCCCAUCACAGAACCACUGUGACACUGCCUACAAGCACACAAAAAGCAAGGUGUCAGUCAUCGCCGAUGGCAUGUACAAGGGCAUCCAGUCAUGGAGUGUGCCUGCAACUGGCAACUAUAGCAUUCUAGCGAAGGGAGCAAGUGGUGGUGCGGGAGUGAAAACCCCUGCAAAAGGUAGAGGAAGGUCGGUGUACGCUCAGCUAAGCCUCAGGCAAGGUGAUACCAUCUAUAUGCUUGUUGGUCAGGAGGGACAGAGCGCCUGCACAGGGAUGAUGGACACGGGAACGCUUGUUGGCAGCAUCUGCAAUGGGGAGAUCCCAGACUCCCUCGAUAGGAAGAAGUUUCUUACCAACAGCAACGGGUCAAACUAUGCCGGAGGUGGCGGCGGUGGAGGUGGUGCCACAUUUAUUUUCAAGCUCAAGGACAUGAAACCGAUCCCUCUGCUAGUGGCUGCUGGUGGAGGAGGUAUGUCGUACAGAAGCGGUGCUGGUGCGACGCAUCAACUCAAUGGCUUGGGAUUUUUGAACACGUCCAGUGGGCUCGCUGGUAGAAACGGCAACAUGCUGAAAGAUGGGCCAGGCGCGGGAGGCGGGUGGGAUGGUAAGACAAACUCCACCUCAACGGGCCGCUCGCUAAUUGACGGUAGCCAGGGUGGCGAGGCCUGUGCCCUGGCAAUGAAGAAGCUCACGUGGAACACGAAGGGAGGUUACGGGGGAGGCGGAGGAGCUUGCAUGGCCGGCGGCAGUGGAGGAGGCUACAGAGGUGGCGACGCGCAAGUGAACGACAUUGAAAACGACGGCAGAGGCGGAUGGUCGUACGCGACGCCACACGCUCUUGAUAGCAAUGACCGCUUCAGUCUCAACACCGGUCCCGGUGCGGUCAUAAUCACGUACGUUACGCCACACGGCUGCAUCUGCCCGGUUGGCGCCAUGUGCAUUCUCACGUCGGGCACGGACUACGAGUGCCACUGCCCGAUGAACCAACUAGUAUCUGCCAAUAAAGUCUGCGUCGACGACCCCGUCGUGACGGCUCAGAACGGAGGUCCGCCGGCUCAACAACAUAUGAUCAUCAUCGUCAUCUGCUCGUUGACGGCCUUCCUCGUCUCAUGCGUCGGCGUCUUCUGCGCAGUGUACAGACACAAGCAGAAGCAACUAAGGAAGAAAGUGCGUCAGGAGAUGAUGAACAAUCCAGAGUUCCAGCUGAACCGCCUGCGUCAGGGAGCCGGCAUGCUGACCGAGUACAACCCUAACUACGAGUUCGGAGGCGGUGUCUGCACCCUGCAGGAUCUCACCGAGAUUCCCCGAGAAAACCUUACCCUCGUCAAAGCCCUGGGACAAGGUGCCUUUGGAGAGGUGUAUCAAGGCUUGCUUUUACACGUACCUGGAGAGCCUCCCGACCUUCCUGUUGCUGUAAAGACGUUGCCGGAGCUUUCCACUGAUCAAGCUGAGAUGGACUUUUUGAUGGAGGCACUGAUCAUGUGUAAGUUCAACCACCCCAACAUUGUACGAUUUAUUGGCGUCUGCUUCGAAAAGCAUCCGAGAUUCAUCAUCCUUGAGCUGCUGAAUGGUGGAGACUUGAAGUCUUUCAUGCGGGAGUGCAGGCCAAAGCCAGACCAACCGUCUCCGCUGUCAAUGCUUGACCUGGUCAAGCUCUCACUAGAUGUCGCUUACGGCUGCCAGUAUUUGGAAGAUAACCACUUCAUCCAUAGAGACUUGGCCGCGCGGAAUUGUCUUCUUACCACUAAGGGUACCGGUCGGAAUGCAAAAAUAGCAGACUUUGGCAUGGCUAGAGACAUCUACAGGGCUGACUACUACCGUAAGGGUGGCAAGGCAAUGCUGCCUGUAAAGUGGAUGCCGCCUGAGGCCUUCUUGGACGGGGUCUUUACGUCAAAGACCGAUGUCUGGUCGUUUGGAGUUCUUCUGUGGGAGGUGUUCUCUCUAGGAUACAUGCCGUACCCAGGAAGAGGCAACCAGGAGGUCAUGCAGCUGGUGACCGCAGGGGGACGGCUAGAGCCUCCAAGUAACUGCCCUUCACAAAUAUAUUCAAUAAUGGUGCAAUGCUGGGCAGCUAACCCGGAGGACCGACCUAACUUUGUCAAGAUUAUAAGCACGCUACAGCAGUUAGCACAGGAGCCCGGGUUAGUGCACGCGCCUCUGCCGGUAUUCUACUGUCCGCCGUGUGUGGAGCGUGAGGCGACCCUCACCCGAGCCGCCGAUGAUGUGUGCUUGCAGGUUCAGCGACCGGCGACGCUCGACGCGCUCACCUCGCCGACGCUUGCCGACGGCCUGCUGAGUCAGGACGAGCUCAAGGCGUGCGGCAGCGUCGAUGAGCUGAAUCGUCUGCUGCACAGUAACCCGUAUGAGGUGCCGCGCGACACGGCGUCGCCCGUCAAGCAGAAGACUGUGCGCUCGCUGUCGGGCAACAACAGCAGCAGCCGCGGUUACACGAGCGUGCCGACGAACGAGCCGAUGUGCGAGGAGGCGGACACGCUCAGCGACAACCUCUACCAGAACCCGUCGUACCAGCACCACCGCACAAGUAGUCUCGGCUCGGCGUCGUCGGGCGACGUCGGCGCGAGUCGGUCGCCGUCGUCGACGAUCUCGCGCAACAAGUACAACCUGAAGAACGCGCCGAGCGGCGGCGGCGGCGGCGGCGGCGUCGUCAGCAAUCGGUCGCUGGAUCAGACUAGUUCGAGCCGAUCGGGUGGCUCGGCCGACCUGGCGGCGAACGAGAACGCGUUGCUCGGCGUCGCGUAUCACAGCAACAGGGACGUGUCGCCGGCGAAGGUGCCGCCGCCGCAAUACGAGAACAUCAGUGUUAAAAAGGAUGUGCCAAUGUCUAUGUGGAACGGAAACCACGCGGCGAAUGGACAGGUGCCAACGAUCCACACGACGGAGAUAUGAUUGUGUCGGCGCUACACGGCAGAUGCGACAGUCAACGAUGUGUCUAGUUUAAUGUGAUAUGCAGCAACGUCCGUGGAACAGGUAUCGCAGAGACAAUAUGGCGGCGAUGAUGUGAGAAAGAAUAAUGUCCGCCACGGAGUUACGACAAAGACGCGCGUGUGUAAUCAACUAAACAGCGUGUAAAAGUAACAAUUCAUAAUGUGCAGUUAUUUAUUAGUAUGUGAUUAUUGUCUCACGAGUAAUUAUAUAAGCUAUUAUAUCUCAUCAGUUCGUAUAAACGACAAAAAUCCUCGAUUUGCUUUACUUACCGAAAAUAUUAGAAUGAACAGUAGACAUUCUGUGUGCGUGAAGUGGCGUGUGCAACUCUGUACAUAUUUGCACACCAUGAAUUCACUCUUCACGUGACAGCAUCGAUAUUGAUCGUGAAGUUCGAGUACGCUAGACAACUACGACCUUUCUUUCUCAUUAGACGAACAGGAAUACGAUCGAACGUAACCACGACGAGGCUCGUUGCAUCAAGAGACAACGAUUGUUCCGUAGCCGUGGCAUGAACGAUCUGAUACACGGCUGUGACACGUCUUGCCGCUUAUUGUGUGCGGUCGACAUACAACUCUGAUAGUAGUAAAAGGUAGUCGCAUAAGCAUAUCUAUUGUAGAUAUGUUGACGCUAGUAGUUGGAAAGACCUGUUUAUGCGACAAGUGCGGCGGUAAUUAGAGAAGGACUCGGUUGUCAUGUAUGUGAGCACGCACUGUUUUGUUAACAAAAAUUUAUAUAUAUAUAUAUAUAUAUAUACAAGCGAGUGCGCAUCUUAUAAUAAGAAUACCAUUAACCAAGAGAAUUGUAAUAGUCUGUAUAUGCUGUUUAUUGAUCUACUAUACUGGACUAGUAUAUAUACAAACGCCGACACGUGGCGCACAAUAUUAAUAACAAUAUACAACUUAGAAUUUAGACCGACAUGCGAAAUCUCAUAUUUGCCACUAAUUCGACUCGUUUUUUUAGAUAUAUUAUGCCAAAUCUGUAGUUUGUCUGGUUUACUCCACGUGGGUGUAAACUUUAAUUGGGCGUGGUACAAUCAAGACGAGAAUAGCAAUCAACUGGAUAUAGUGAUGACAAUAAAUCUCUUGUUUAAUGGUAGGCCUAAUAUAGAUAUUGCGUGAAUGCGUUUUGCAUAUACACGACUGCGUGAGCCUGUACCACGUCUAAAACCUAUGUUGCCUAUAAUAUAAAUAUAGAAUGGGAAGCCACACAGUUAUGUGUUUUACUCCAGGCGAUUUUUGGGUCGAACCAGAGUUACAUGUGAUUAGGUCAGUAUAUCUUGUUUCAAACGCAGAACAAGAGAUCUUAUUCGGCAGGUUUUGUUUAGUAGUUAUCUCUACUUAUAACCGAUUAAAAAUAGCUGAUUAUUCACAGCGUUGCUUACUAUCUUGGACCUUUUAUCGUGCACGCGAGUUUCUGUCUAAUUGUUGGCUGUAGAUGUACUGUCUAAUCUCAGAUCAUGCAUAUGAAAUACUUUUUCUACGGCUAGAACGUCUCCUUUCGUUGUGGGAAAGACAAGAUCCAUUAGUAUGAAUAUUUAAUAGUGAGACCCAACGCUUACAUAUCAUAGUCUCGCUGCGUCACAGUAUAUUGAUCGCGUCUACUCUCAAAUGUUCCAUCCAUGCCCUAUUUUAGUAUUUCGAUUUUUGAUAUAUACUCAUGGGUGACAAUAAUAUUCGUCACGAUUUAUCUACAGCUGUAUGUAAUAGCUACACGGCCGCUAAUCCAAUCCGUGACCCGUGAGUAGAGUAGAUAGUGUGCAGUUAAAGAAAGGUCCGCUUCUAAAUAGAUUGUAUAAGAACGGUAAAGAAAUUGGCUGCGGUACGCAGCGAAAUAACACAUCAUGAUCAUGCGUUCACUUGUUAAUAUAAUUGUUGUGUUUGUGUAAGUUAUGAAAUUUGGUGAAUAUUCAUGUAGACAGCCAUUAUUAGCGGAUAUCUGUGGUAGGGGCCUACUGAGAGCUAACCCCUUAUGAUAGUGUUUUGGAUUGUUGUGGAAUUGUUUUUGAUACAAUAACCAAUGAAUGUAUAAGCGCAAGUUAAUCGCGUAGGAAUAUUUUAAUGAUCCAUCCUUGCGAAUUAAUUGGAAGAAUUCAUGUUGAAAUGAAUCUCGAUGUUGCGAUAAAAAAUAUAAUUUGUGUACAUGAUACAAGUACUACUUUCUGAACUGACCUAACUACUAUCACUGAUGUCCUUGUUCACUACGGUAUUUGCUGGUAGUGCUAUUGCUGUUAUUGUUAUUGUUGUUGACGCUGUUGUUGUUGUUGUUACUGCUGAUGUUGCUGGUUUAUUGUUUGCGUCGUAGUUAAAGUGUUAUCAUGGGCAAGACACAGUAAGUGAAGGAAUAUAUCUUGCUGCUAACGUGACCUGGAUACGAACACAGUAUAUCGUUAUUCAAUAAGUUAGCAAUGCUCUGGCAUCUCAUAAUAUCCCUAUCAUCGUUUCGUAUGUGUGAAGGUCGCAUGAAAUUGAUUACGCUUCAUUUCAAUUUGCGCUUUCAUACGACGUCUUUGAACAUGACAUAGCACACUGAUACCACGGAAAAUAAGAUGGACCAUGGGACAAUUCUCGGUGUGAUCCGAUUCAUAUGCUCGUGAAAAAUGCAAAAUUAUGGUUUGAACUUUUUUCCCAUUUGAUAAGAUAUGUCAUAUUCUAAAAAGUCCUCGAAUUUUCUGUUAACUAAUGUCAUCCAGCUCUACGCGGUUCUUUAUAGUAUAAGUAUUUAUGUAAGGAUUAUCAUGCGUGAAAUAUUUGUAAAUAGUUUAUUUUUGCUUUGUAACCGUCCAGUCCAGUCUUCUUGAUGAAGGAAGACUGGUCGUGACUUCCUCUCGAUUUUGAAACUAGUAUUACUAAUUAUUUAAGUAGCAGAAAGAAAUAUAAAUGUAAACUAAGAUGCGUGCGCAUGUAUUACGAAGAGGUUCGCUACUAAACUGUAAUUAUCAAUAUCGUAUUUAUUUAGUGCAAUAAUUAAAAUAGACGUUCUGUUCUAAAUUGUUGUAAAUAUAUAUCGCGGAGGAUUAAGUGGGCGCAAUUGUACUUACCCGAGCCGAAAGCAGGGUCGGAAGUAUGUUAAUUAUGCCGUUCAGAUGGCAAUGGAUUGAAUAGGGCAUGUUGAUAUGUUAUGUACAGAGACCGAAUUGCAGUAUUUUGAUAUUUUUGCAUCACAAGUAUUUAUGAAACUGUUAGACGCAGAGCGUCCGAUAGCGAGCUCUGGCCCUUGUUUUUCACGCUCCGAGAGGGCGUGAUAUGUGAGAUAUAUAUAUGUGAGCGGAAGGGAACAUGCGCGAUGAAUGAACACAGUAUUAUGAUGCAUUAACACGCUGGGACGCUUAGCGAGUGAAUAUCUAUUGUUUUCGACUAGGACUGCGCAAAAGCCGACGCAGAAAAUUAUUUUAGCAUUUUUGCAAUGGUUAGAGGAAGGUAUGAACGCAAUAACAAGUUUACCGCUUUACAAGAAGUGAAUAAUAUCGGGUUGUAUUUGUAGCCAUGGACGGCUGAUCAACUCUAUAGAAUAUUAAGAAAAUAUAGAAAUGCUACCAACUUUUUCGCCAUAUUCCCUCCCGUGUCAGAAAGGCCGCUUAGUUGUAUGCGUUACAUGUAUCAACACCGGCAUAAACGUAUUUCACUCAGAACGGUUUUGUGUAUAUGUGUAGGGCAGGUUUUGUAUGUUAAUUUAGCUAUCAGGCAUGCAUUGUGAUAGUGCAGCGCCACGCGGCAGGGUCACGUGGUCAUUUACGCCGUGUGGAACGUUCGGUUUAUACUGGAGUCAAUACCAGAAACGUGUCUUAUGAUCUUAAAAUGUAGUUAUUUUUACUAAAAAUAAAUGCGCCCCAUACAGCCGUCAGUGUAA